AGAGAUGACGACCAAAACACACUGCUCGGGUAUAAACGUGUCCGCUGCCCUCCCAUUGUCUGUGUGCACAUUUUACCUGUCACGAAUACACCUGUAAUCUGCAUGAAGAGUAAACAUGGGUUUUUCAGAGGCAUCUAUGCUGUCAAAGGUUGGACUGGGACUGGCGGGAGCCGCCCUGUUAUUUGAUGUCAUUGGAUUUGCAACUGAUAACUGGAUGCAGGCAGAUUUGCUAAAUUUCGGCUUAUUCAAAGUUUGCACUAUCGGCAGAUGUGUUUCAUUUGGCUCUUUAGAAGCGGACUGGCAGACUGCUACCAAGGCUCUGGUGAUUCUGGGAUUCCUGCUAGGCCUGGGAUCUCUGGCUCUCAUCAUCAUCUACCUGUUUUUCAAGACAGACCAAAUGUUGUUUAAAACCAUAUCGUUUGUUCUGGCUUUUGCUGCGGCUGGAUUUACCAUUGUUGGAAUCAUCGUCUUUGCUGCCAAGGCGACAGAAGUGUCGACGGGAUAUGACUUGAGCUGGUCUUUUGCAUUGACAAUAAUUGGUGGAUUGCUUUACGGAGCUACUGGAACCGUUCUUGUGAUUGGUUAAGUAGCUCGACAGAAGUGCCCCCGUCUGUCUCUGUGUGUCCAGCUUAUAAUACAAAUACAUUGUUAGUCCUUACAGAAUGUGCCUUUGCAAAUAUACGCAAUAGUGUAGGCCUAUUUUAUUUCCAGCAUAUAAUUGAUUUAAAUCAAUGAGCUUCGUACCUGUCGAUUGCAACAUUUCAUUGGUUAUUUCAUGUCAUUCCCCUUUUGGUAUACACACCACACAACUGUAUUUAAUAAAUUAUUUUCCAACAGUUUCAUUAUUCAUAUUUGUUCGGUUAGGCUGGUAUUGACUUCAGGAGUGCGCCCAACAAUCCCAUAUAAAACGAACGCAUCAAUCGGAACACGGCCUCUGACUUAAGCGAGGUGGUAUGAUUACUAUCAAUACUAUCAAUAAAGUUUUUCGUUGCUUA